AUGGCGGGCUGGACCCUGUGCAUGGUCCUGGUGCUGGCAGCACUGGCAGGAGCACUGGGCGAGAGCCUAAAGUUCCUGCGGCAGCAUGUGGACCACCCCCGGACAUCCACACUCGCCGCCCACCGCUACUGCGAGACCAUGCUGGCCCGCCGGCGAGUGACAGCCCCGGGGCGGCCCUGCAAGCCCUCCAACACCUUUGUGCAUGCUCCAGCCAACGACCUCGUGGCUGCCUGCACCCAGACGCCUGAUGCCACGGGGUUCCACAGCACCCCAAAACCCGUGGGCCUCACAGCCUGCCGUGUGCGGGGAGGGGACACCAGGUCCCCUUGUGCCUACCGGGCCCGGCAGCUCGAGCACCACGUGCGUGUCGCCUGCCAGAAUGGGCUGCCCGUGCACCUUGCUGGCACCUAUGCGCCCACCCCGUGA